GGUGUAUAUAAAAUUAUUUCAAAUGUGACCGUUUUUACAUUUAUUCGUAAUAUCCGGUAUGAACGUCAAACUUCCUGUGCUCUUCCGCAGUGUAGAGUUUUCACAACAAUGGCGUCCUGUAGUGAGGAGUCUGCUAACGUUUCAGCCACAGAGGAGGAAUCCGUUGAAACCCUACCGUGUCAGAAGAGAGAAGCGAGACUACGAAAAUUUCGAGAGUUACAUUUUAAACGGAACGAAGCACGAAAACUCAAUCACCAGGAGGUUGUGGAGGAGGACAAGAGACUGAAACUCCCCUCUAACUGGGAGGCGAAGAAAGCCAGACUGGAGUGGGAACUUGCCGAAGAUGAAAAGAAAAAAGAAUGUGCUGCCAGAGGGGAAGAAUAUGACAGAGUGAAACUGCUAGAAAUCACUGCUGAUGAUGCAGACCGGUGGGAGAGGAAGAAGAAGAAGAAGAACCCCGACACUGGAUUUGCAGGUUAUGCAGAGGCCCAGUUCCGACAGUACCAGAGGCUCACAAAGCAAAUCAGACCAGACUUGGAAGGCUAUGAGAGGCAGAGGGAGGAAUGUGGUGAGGACUUUCACCCCACAUCCAAUAGCCUGAUCCAUGGCACACAUGUUCCCACAAAGGAGGGCAUUGACCGUAUGGUGGACGAUGUUGAGAAACAGAUCGAGAAGCGGGCCAAGUACAGCCGACGCCGGGCCUACAACGACGACGCAGACAUCGACUACAUCAACGAGAGGAAUGCCAAGUUCAACAAGAAGGCAGAGCGUUUCUACGGCAAAUACACAGCAGAAAUCAAACAAAACUUGGAGAGAGGUACUGCUGUGUAGUGGGUCUAGUCACCUCAGUGGACAUGUGCACAUCCCGGAUUUCUUCUUAAUACUGACCGUAUACCAAAAAUACAGAAACAAACUUUUUUUUAAUAAAUUCUGUUAUAAGGCAGUUUUAACACACAGGUUAUUUUGGAUUGAAAAAUAAUUGGAGUAAGAUAGUAAGAUAAAGACAUGUGUUGUGUUCCUUUGUACAGUGUUAGAAGUUACAACAACACUUGUGAUUAUCUGAUCCUCUUUUCUUUUUUUUUUUUUUUUUAAUAAACCGCUUGCAAUUAUCCAGUUAUCUUGCACACUUCUUGGUUGGUUUUUAUUGGUUUAUUGCGUGUGGUCUCAUGAGGAAGACAUUUUGAGCGUGAGAAUGAAUUACCACUGGCUACAAUCAAACCUCAGGGCAUGUUUAGCAGAAGAUGCCAGCCAAAAGAAUGUUUUAGUGUAGUCACACAGGGGAGAGAAGAACCAACAAUUGAGCAAUUCAAUUUAUUCAUUAUCAUCUCAGUUUAACCAACUUGCCGCAAGCUGCGACUAAAGCAGGAAGGCCUUGUGACUGGAGAAGACAAGAAAACAGGUUUUCCUGCAAGUCUCCCCUUUCUGACCUGCCUAUGUGAAUAAAGAGGCCCACUCUACAGGGCACACAGUCAUUGUUUUGUUUUGAGUUGAAUCACACUUUUUAUAUCCUGUUUUAUUAAAUGUAGUCAAUCGGUGAACUUGGUGAACCACACAAAAUAAAUUUAUGGAGAGCCCUCAAA